GAACGGCGGCUCCGACAAACGUUCUCCGGCGACACCUGCAGCGAUCUUCAUCUCCUUUAACACCGAAGGAACCUGCAGCGUUGAUGCGGUCACACAGGUUCGGCGAACCAGCGGGGUGACAGCCUAAUCUAUAGUGUAGAUUUUGUAGGUGUUGGCGAGCAUUACGACUUUGGUGAUGCUGAAGAGGGAGCCUGAGAAAGAUUGACUUUUAGGAUUAUUUCACUAUUUGUUUCUUUUCGUUAUGAGUUUAUUUUUGAAAUGUGGAACUUUAGUUUCAUGUUGGUUUCAGUUGGUUGAGUUGUAAUUUUGUAAUAGGUCUUAGUCUAUUCUGCCUGAGAUCGUCAUUCAAUUGAGUCGGUUAGAUUUAGCAAGUUGUGUUGGAUCUGAUAUUAAAAGAAUAGGCCAUUGGUGCUAUUCUUUCGAUGCAUUGACAUGUUGUUAGCUAACCAACUUCGCUAUUUCGGCAGGCGAGACUCUCGCUACGUAACCUCCAUCCUAAACUCUCCCUCUUUUUGGUCUCUGAGCAAAACUGUUGCUUCAGUGCCCACUCUAGAGACUUCCAUUAACAAGAGGGAGAGAAGAAGAUUGUUUUCUCUAUUAUCUGCUUCUGGAAUGGAUGCCAAUCCAACCUGUGCGUUGGUUUUGAGUGGAAAAACGGUGGCUGAGAAUGAAACUGCCAAAUUGCUGAAGAGGAGUGACACUUUGAAGCUCCCCGACGAUACUAAAAUUUCGGUUUUAUUGCACUCAGAAAGGGAUAAACCUUUGGAGGAAAAUGGAUUUCAAAUUGAUUUGUAUCUGAAUGCCCUUUCUACCGAUACUUUUGGUAGAUUCCUCAUUUGGUCUCCACGAAUUCCUUCUACUCAGGAUGUAAUUUCUCACAACUUUAGCAAUCUUCCACUUGGUGCUGUCUGUGUGGCUGAUGUUCAGUUCAAGGGAAGAGGUCGAUCAAAGAAUGUGUGGGAAUCUCCCCUUGGUUGCCUUAUGUUUUCCUUUACCAUUCAAAUGGAAGAUGGGUGUAUUGUUCCUUUAUUACAGUAUGUAAUAUCUCUCGCUAUUACUGAGGCAAUAAAAGAUAUUUGCGACAAAGAGGGGUUACCCUAUAUUGAUUUGAAAAUAAAGUGGCCAAAUGAUCUUUAUGUGAAUGACCAGAAAGUUGGAGGCAUUCUAUGUACUUCAACAUAUAGAUCAAAGAAGUUCAACGUUACUGCUGGUAUAGGUUUGAAUGUAGACAACGAUAAACCAUCAACAUACUUGAAUGGAGCUCUUACAAAUUUAUCCAGUACACCUUACAAGUUCAGAAAAGAGGAUAUCUUAGCAUUCUUCUUUAACAAAUUUGAAAGAUUGUAUGACGUUUUCAUAAAUCAAGGGUUUCAAGCUCUUGAGGAACUCUACUAUCAGACAUGGCUGCACAGUGGACAGAGAGUUAUUGUACGGGAAAAGAAAGAAGAUCAAGUCGUGGAAAAUGUAGUCACUAUUCAGGGGUUGACAUCUUCAGGAUAUUUGCUAGCUGUUGGAGAUGACAACCAAAUGUGCGAACUUCAUCCCGAUGGAAAUAGUUUGGACUUUUUCAAAGGACUAAUCAAGAGCAAACUGGUGUAAGAAUACUGCUUUUUCACUUUGCAACGAGUGCUGACUAUGAGCUGUAUGGAACGGAAUCACGUGCAAUAAGAAUAAGGGACAUUGGGUCUCUUUUUACAUUUAUAUUUCAUACAAUUGGGUCUUAGGUUUACAUAUAGGAGGAGGGAGGUUUAUAUGUUAUGGUUGAUUUCGUUGACUGAUGUAUAUACUAUUUCUACAGACUGAAAGUUUAUAAAUAAUUCUGGCCCUGAAUAUAUUUAACAUUAUAGAAAUUGAUUCUUUA